CACCCCUCAUCAAGGUCAACCAACCCGACGCACCCACGCCCCAUCACAUCCACCCACCAAGCUGCAGAUAUAAUCAACCGCAUCUUGCGUCCACCUUUCACUCCUCCACUGGUUGAAGCAGGGAGGCACAGCGAGACGUUGGAGACACAGAGAAGCGGGCACAAUGAAGAGGACAAUUGCGGUGAUGGUGAUGAUGUCGAUGAUGGUGAUGGGAAGCAGCGAGACUACUUUACGUGGCCCGGACUCCCCGUGUGCUCUGAAUCCUGACGCCGACCUCCCGUUCACCGUCGAAUUAUCUCCGGACAAAUUCCACGUCUCGUGGGCGUUCGACAGCGACCAGAUCGUCUUGGAGGCUCGGGUUCGCACCCGGGGCUGGGUCGGCCUGGGGCUGAGCUCCACGGGGAAGAUGGCCGGCUCUGACGUGGUGAUCGGGUGGGUGGACAGCGCGGCCGCUACCCACCUCGUGGACGGACACAUCGAGGGGGAGCGGAGCCUGGUGCGGGACGCGAGCCAGGACUACAAACUCGUGCGGCUCAGCGAGAACGGCACCCACACGGUCAUGCGCGUGGUGCGCGCGCUGCGCACGUGCGACCCCAACGACAGGGACAUCACCGAGGACACGAUGCGCCUGAUCUGGGCCUGUAAGGAUGACGAUCCGAAGAGCGAGGCGGAGAUUUCCUACCACGGCCCGAUGAAUCGGGGCACGAAGAGCCUUCAGCUGUUGAGUUCCAGGCCACGCUCCCAGCCAGAGCUGCCCCAAGACCGGUCCACGUUCGACAUCGUGCAGGACAAGUUCCCGAUCCCUCCCGCUUCUACGUUCUACGCGUGCAAGAUCUUCUCCCUCCCGAACCUGAACAAGAAGCAUCACCUCGUCGAGGUUGAGCCGAUCAUCGACCCAGGCAGCGAGGCGUUGGUCCACCACAUGAUCGUGUACGUGUGCCCGGACACCGUGAACGCGUCCCACGUGGGGGUCACGCAGCAGUGUUACGUCGCCCAAGAAGCCGACUCCUUCUUCACCUGCACCUCCGCGCUCGCCGCGUGGGCCAUUGGCGGCGGGACAUUCGAAUACCCCCCAGCGGCUGGCUAUUCACUCGGGAUGCCUGAAGAUCCCCGCUUCGUUCUCCUGGAGAUACAUUACAACAACCCCAGCGGGUUGACAGGCAAUGAAGACAGCUCCGGCCUCCGUUUCCACUACACGACCCAGCUGCGUCGCUUCGACGCGGGACUCCUGAUGGCCGGGAUCUUCGUGUCUCCGUUCCACUUCAUUCCCCCCAACUCUGAUUCCUUCGCCACGUACGGCAUCUGUGACACCAACUCCUUUUCCACUCUCAACCGCAGCGGGGAAACGCAGGUGGACGGCGAGAUGCAGGUGUUCGCCUCGUUGCUGCACUCACACCUGGCCGGUAUCUCGCUGCAGGCACGCCACUUCAGAAACGGCACUCAGAUCGGGGACAUCGGUCGGGAGCCGAACUACGACUUCAACUUCCAGGAGACGCGGCACCUCAAGAAGAUCGUGACCGUGCUGCCCGGUGACAAGAUUGUCAUGGAGUGCGUGUAUAGAACGACGAAUCGCAACAAGACCACUCUGGGUGGUAUGGCCACCGAGGACGAAAUGUGUCUCACCUUCCUGCACUACUACCCCAAGGUGAACGUGUCCUCGUGCCUCAGCAUGUCCGACGUGCCGAGCAUGGCCGCCCUGCUCGGAUACACCACCACCGGAAUGUACCCCUACGUUAUCACCUCCCCGCCAAAGGACGCGGGGAGUUACCUGUUCAUGGUGUUUAACGAAAUCAACUGGACUGCAGAGAGGACCAGGGACGCGGAGAGAACGGCACUCACGUCCCAACAACUCGUCAUACAACAGCAAAUGUCUUCCGUCAACUUCAUCUACAACGGAAUCAUCCCAGGAAUUCCCGCUGAUCCCACGCUUCCUCCCUGCGUCCACAAUAAGUGCGGGAGAAACGGCAGCCUGCCCGCCGCCACCGCCGCCUCGCCGACUGCCCCUCUGCUCGCCACUCUUAUGCUGCUCCUACUGGCUAGAGCGAUCUGUGACUAAGCAAAUGGGAAAAGGGUGCCCAAAAAUGCUGUAAGCUGACAAGUGCCUGGUAUCGCAUAUAUUUAAGAACACACACACAUAUGUGCCUUGUAUUGUACAAUUGCUCUUAAGCCUCAUCCAUACCACCAACUAAACAUUGCUGUGUGGCCGUGUUGUCACUUCGAAGCACCGAGGCCUGUAUUGUGUCCAACACGUAGAAUAGUCCAACUUCCAUGUGCUGUGCUGUUGACGGUAAACUAUACAAUAUACGUAGACUGUUACUAAAAAAUGGGCCGUGUGGGGUCAGUGUUGAUGUUAGCACCAGUUGUUUUAACAGACAAACCGUGGACCGGUUUUAACUUCUCCGAAACUCAUCAGUAGGCUGUAGCUCGUUAAAUAAAUGCUGCUUACUGGA